AUGGGCGUGACGACAGCAUCGACGUCAGCCGAGUGCCUCUUGCGUGUAUGUGCCGACAUUGCGUCGCAGCUCGUACAGGCGCAUGAAGAGUCGCGGCACGUCUCGCUGAAUGCGAUACGCGGCGCCACCUGUAAAAAGCAUGGCUACGGCGGCGUGCCUCGAUUGACCGACAUUAUUGCAGCAAUUCCAGACGCAUACCGCAAAGCGCUUGUUCCUGCACUAAAGGCUAAGCCUGUGCGCAGUGCAAGUGGUAUUGCCGUGGUUGCGGUGAUGUGCAAGCCGCACCGUUGCCCACACAUUGCAUUGACCGGCAACAUUUGUGUAUACUGCCCCGGCGGCCCCGACUCAGACUUUGAAUACAGCACCCAGUCAUACACGGGGUACGAGCCAACUUCCAUGCGUGCGAUCCGUGCGCGCUACGACCCGUACGAACAGAGCCGCGGACGUGUACAACAGCUGCGCGAACUUGGGCACAGUGUAGACAAGGUCGAGUACAUCAUCAUGGGCGGCACAUUUAUGAGCCUCUCUGAGGACUACCGCAAUCAAUUUAUUGCCCAGCUGCACAAUGCGCUAAGUGGCUACACAGGCCUCGACGUCGACGAGGCAGUGCAGUUUUCCGAGCGUGCACAGACCAAAUGCAUUGGCAUCACUAUUGAAACGCGCCCAGACUACUGCUUGCGGCCGCACCUGAGCCAAAUGCUGCGCUACGGAUGCACACGGCUAGAGAUUGGUGUGCAGAGUGUAUAUGAGGACGUGGCGCGUGAUACGAACCGUGGCCACACUGUCAAGGCCGUGACAGAGACUUUCCACCUGGCCAAGGACGCAGGGUACAAGGUUGUCGCCCACAUGAUGCCGGAUCUGCCCAACGUCGGUGUCGAGCGCGAUAUGGAGCAGUUCAAAGAAUACUUUGAAAACCCCGCUUUUCGUUCCGACGGCUUAAAACUGUAUCCCACACUGGUGAUUCGCGGCACGGGCUUGUACGAACUCUGGCGCACGGGCCGGUACAAGAACUAUACCCCAUCCUUCCUUGUGGAUGUCAUUGCACGUAUUCUUGCACUAGUACCGCCAUGGACGCGCAUCUACCGUGUCCAGCGUGAUAUCCCCAUGCCGCUUGUAUCUUCCGGCGUGGAAAACGGCAACCUGCGCGAGAUGGCCUUGGAUCGCAUGCACGACUUUGGUGUAACGUGCCGCGAUGUGCGGUAUCGCGAAGUGGGUCUGCACGAGAUUCAUACCAAGGUACGGCCAGAAGAGAUUGAGUUUAUUCGCCGCGACUACACCGCAAACGGCGGCUGGGAAUCUUUCUUGUCGUACGAGGACCCCGACAAGGAUAUCCUGGUUGCACUUUUGCGCCUGCGAAAAUGCUCCGCAGAAGGAACUUUCCGUCCAGAGCUUACCAAAGACGGACAAGCGUCAAUUGUGCGCGAGCUGCACACCUACGGAAGUGCCGUGCCAAUUCACAACCGCGACCCGACCAAGUUCCAGCACCAGGGUUUCGGGACGUUGCUUAUGGAGCAAGCCGAGGCAAUCUCCCGCAAUGAGCACAAAAGUGUCAAGCUUGCCGUAAUUGCCGGCGUCGGCACCCGCGACUACUACCGCCGCCUGGGCUACGAACGCGAAGGACCGUACAUGAUUAAAAUGCUAGUGUAG